AUGUUUGAUCUUAAACAUCCUAUUUGGAAUCAAUAUGAUGUCGGUCUCAAUAAUUCUUGCAUCUGUAAAAUAUGUGGUCAUGUUUAUGAAAACCCAAAUCAAAGUACUUUAAAAGGUCAUUAUAUGGGAAAACAUGAUCUGGUAUGGGCUUCUAUUCGAAUAAAUAAAAAAGGACGUAAAGCUAAAUAUCAAGAAAAGAAAAAUCUCUUAAUUCAAAAAGAAAGAGAAAGAAUUUUCUCUGUAGCUGAACGUUUAAAUGAUGAAUUUAUUAAUUCUAUGAUUCAAGAAAAAGAACCUUCUGUCCAUCAUAUUAAUGAUGAAUUAAAUAAUGAAAAUAAUGAUAUCGAAACUAUCUCAAAAGAUAAAAAUGAAGAAAAAUCUAUUUCUUAUAUUAAUCUUAUAGAUAGUAUCGAAUUUGAAGGUCAUGAAAAAAUUGAAGUUGAGAUUGGUAAUAUUCCUAUUAAAGCUAGUAGAGGUGGUUUUAGACUUAAAUUUAAAUAA